AUGAUAUCGCGCAAAACAGCAAGAGAGAAUGGUUCUGUUGAUAGCCACAUUUCCCAACCACUUCACUCUUCAACUCCUUGUAUGUUGGAUUUUAUCCAGAACAGCUCUAACUCCCAAUUCGCCUUGAUCGGUGGUGUUCCUUGGAGGGAACUAGUGUCAAUGGCUCGUAAAUGUUACCGUGUAUUCGUGCUUCUCCAAGGAACGACCAUCAGUUCGAUCGAUUCAGGCUCCAUACUCCACCAUCACUUCCCAUUCUCAGUGUUAUAG